GAUUUUUCGGAUUCGAAGAGUAGUUUUUGAGUGGUUAUGUUUCAUUCUCAUCCUAAUUGUUGUUACGGAGAUCGUACAAAGAUUCUCCCCACCAAUUGUAAUCCCAAUCUCCAGUGCCCAACAACCAAUUAAUUAAACCUUGUCAUUGUGGACUCAGCUAUUAUUCUAUUCUACUCGAACGCAAGUCAACUCCAACUCCGGCAAAGGCCGCAAUCAUGGCUAUAACACUAGCGUUGAUCACAACAUCCUCUUUAUCAAACUCCAUUUCCAAAACCUUCCCAAGCAACCUAAACAAAUCCACCUUCUUCUCCACCUUCAAUCCAAAUCCCGCUCAAAAACCCAACAAAAAUCAUCAAAUCUACCAUAAAUUAUCACAACCCACAAAAAUGGCUGAAUUUCUGACUGCAAAAUCAUCUCCAACUGACCUAGUUGCUCCACUCUCAGGUGCAAUCAACCUCGUCCAAUCAAACCUUGCCACUUGGCAAUCCGCCGUACUCUCCAAUGUAGUCAUCUUCGUUCUGGGUUCUCCGAUUUUGGUCUCAGGACUUUCUAUUUCCGGCAUUGCUGCUGCUUUCUUGUUGGGUACUCUUACAUGGCGCUCUUUUGGUCCUCCUGGUUUUCUUCUUGUUGCCACUUACUUUGUUUUUGGAACUUUAGCAACCAAGGUCAAGAUGGCACAGAAGGAAGCUGAAGGGGUUGCAGAAAAGAAGAAAGGAAGAAGAGGGCCAGGUAGUGUAAUUGGUUCUAGUGCAGCUGGUUGUGUUUGUGCUAUUCUUUCGAUAUAUGGAAUAGGAGGGAAGGAACUUUCUCAGCUUUGGAAACUUGGCUUUGUUGCCAGCUUCUGCACUAAGCUGAGUGAUACCGUCUCUAGUGAGAUAGGGAAGGCAUAUGGCAAAACAACGUAUCUGGUCACUACAUUCAAAGUUGUUUCUAGAGGGACAGAAGGUGCUGUAAGUGUUGAGGGAACCAUUGCUGGGCUUCUAGCUUCAAUUUUGCUUGCCAUUGUUGGUUGUCUUAAUGGCCAGAUAAAUUUAACUGGAGCAGUUGUCUGCAUAUUAGCCUCUCAGAUUGCUAAUUUCAGUGAAAGUAUAAUUGGUGCUUUGUUUCAAGAGAAGGAAGGAUUUCAAUGGCUUAACAAUGAUGCUGUCAACAUCAUUAAUAUAUCCAUGGGUAGCAUCUUGGCAAUCCUGUUUCAACAAGUUCUGAAUCGUAGCUGGCUCUGAAUGAUUUUAAGGAGAGAAAAAUAGGUGACAUCAAUGUCUAGAGAUGGAGAUGUGUAGAUCGAACAUUUCUUGAAGAUGGAAGAAAUCCAACCGAUCCAGUGCAGAGGUUCAAAAUGACGGAACAGACUCAUGAAUACUCAAUCCAAUACAAAUGGGAAGCAUAGAGUUCUCACAAUGUGUGCAUUGGGGAAAUAUAGUGACUGAUAAUCACUUUGUAUGUGUUUCUUCAUAAACUAAUGUCAUGUUGAGUGCAAAGCAAGUCCAAUGCCAACUUAGCUGUCUAGUUAUAUAGCUUGUACGUAUAAACAUCACUAAAUUUUUAUUGGCAUCGGUAUAUGAGUUUAUUUUGUUUAUUGUAUGCUCAACGAUGUUCAUCGGACACAAAUAUUCUCUUGAUUGAUGGAUCAUUCCUCUUUGAUAACGAUUA